UCGGGGGCCACCAUGCACCAAGUUGUAACUGUGAAGGCAGAGAAGGUGCCCAUGGGGAAGAGGCUGAGGAGGUGUAAGCAGGAAGCAGAGAAUCAGCAGAAAGUGGAGGAAGUGGCAGAGAAGCUGGAGAAGGAGCAUGAGGGUCUCAUUGAGUUCCACAAGUCAUACCAUGAACUCUUCCAGUUCUUCUGUAACAACACAACCAUUCAUGGAGCUAUCCGCCUAGUCUGCUCCAAGAGGAAUAAAAUGAAGACAGCCUUCUGGUCCGUGCUCUUCUUCCUCACCUUUGGCCUAAUGUACUGGCAAUUUGGGAUCCUUUACAGAGAAUACUUCAGCUUCCCUGUCAACCUGAACCUUAACCUCAACUCCGACAAGCUGACCUUCCCUGCUGUCACACUGUGCACCCUCAACCCCUACAGAUAUAGUGCUGUCCGGAAGGAGCUGGAUGAACUGGAUCGUAUCACCCAUCAGACACUAAUGGACCUGUAUAACUACAGCAUGUCUCAAGUACAAAGCAACGGGGCAGCCCAGUCCAGCCAGAAACGUAGCCAAAGAAGCCUGUCCCACCAUGUCCAGCGCCACCCACUGAGGAGACGCAAGCGUAAUGAACCAGUCAGCCUGAAAGGGAACAGUCCUCCAGUGGACAAAAGUGACUGGAAAAUUGGCUUCAUUCUGUGCAACGAGACCAAUGAGGAUUGUUUCCACCAGACAUAUUCGUCAGGUGUAGAUGCUGUGCGCGAGUGGUACAGUUUCCACUACAUCAACAUCUUGGCACGGAUGCCUGACACAAAGGCCCUGGACGAGUCCAAUUUUGAGAGCUUCAUCUAUGCUUGCCGCUUCAAUGAGGUUACCUGUGACAAGGCGAAUUACACCCAUUUCCAUCACCCUCUUUAUGGCAACUGCUACACAUUCAAUGAUCGCAACAACAGCCUAUGGACAUCAUCACUGCCUGGGAUCAAUAAUGGCCUCUCCCUGCUAGUGCGCACAGAGCAGAACGACUAUAUCCCACUGCUGUCCACUGUGACGGGAGCCCGGGUGAUGGUUCAUGAGCAGAAUGAACCAGCUUUCAUGGACGAUGGGGGCUUCAAUGUGCGCCCGGGUAUAGAGACCUCCAUCAGCAUGAGAAAGGAGACCACGAUGCUUCUUGGGGGCAGCUAUAGUGACUGCACUGAAGAUGGCAGUGAUGUGCCAGUGCAGAACCUGUACUCAUCCCGUUACACUGAGCAGGUCUGCAUUCGUUCCUGUUUUCAGAUCCAUAUGGUGAAGCGCUGUGGCUGUGCAUAUUACUUCUACCCCUUGCCCCCUGGAGCGGAGUACUGUGACUACACUAAGCAUAUAGCAUGGGGUUACUGUUACUACAAACUCCAGGUCGAAUUCAAAUCCAACAUUCUGGGCUGUUUCAGCAAAUGUCGGAAACCUUGCGAGGUUACCAAGUAUCAGCUGUCAGCUGGAUACUCCCACUGGCCUUCUGCUGUCUCCGAGAAUUGGGUUUUCCACAUUCUGUCCCAACAGAACAAGUACAACAUCACAUCCAAGAGGAAUGGAGUGGCCAAAGUGAACAUAUUUUUUGAAGAAUGGAAGUAUAAAACCAAUGGGGAGUCUCCUGCCUUCACGGUGGUGACGUUGCUCUCCCAGCUGGGGAAUCAGUGGAGUCUCUGGUUUGGCUCCUCUGUUCUUUCUGUGGUGGAGCUUGCUGAGCUGAUUUUGGAUUUCAUUGCCAUCACCAUUAUCCUGUCCUUCAAGAGGUUCCGCUCUCGGCAGGUCCCAGCCCCCAGUGUGCCUCCCCCAGGUGCUCAUGACAACACCGCCUUCCAGUCUGAGCCUGCUGACCCCAGUGCUCCACACCGCUUCACUGUCGAAGCUGUGGUAACCACACUGCCCUCCUACAACAGCCUGGAGCCGUGCAGGCGGGAUGGGGAAGCCGUGAUUGGACUGGAGUGAGAUCUAUGGAGGAACAGCGCAUUGGGGUCUAGGAGUUUCAUGGACCACACCGCAGCUCAUCUUCUGGGGCCUGAAGGCAUGCAGACAUGGAGCAGGGACUGGUUUCCAGUUCGGUGCUAUAGCACUUGCAGCUCAGUGCAGAGCUUCCAUCGCCUCGACCAUGGCACUCCGUCGGGAGGCAGGUGACAGCAGUGUCAUUUGGUGGGGGGAGCGUUAGUUUAUAUUUGGUAAACCCUCCAGUCGUCUCCCACAAUAUAGACGUCAGUGCCUUAGCCACAUUUUUUGUGGCAUGAUGGGAAGAGACAGCUUAUGUGAGUGAUAUUGACUGAACCCCCUUCCACAUAUACACCCAAACUUCUCUGCACCUAGGAACUUGACCACUCUGGUCCAAGCUGUUUGAAAAUACAAGCUAAUUAAAGAGGCUUUGCUGUAUGACUAGGAAAACCGAGGUUCCGUAUGGGCCUGGCAGCAGACAGGGGUGGGCUGUAUAGAGGGUACUAUCAUGCACAAAUCCCUCUCCCUCUGCAGGAUACAUUUUCGGCCAGGAGACUGAUUGCUGCUUCCCCACUCUGGGUCACUGUCCCUGAGGCCAAACUCGGGCUGGAAAUAUUCCCUUUUGCACAUGACUCUGAGGAGGAGGCAAGGAGAGCCUAUUUGGAAGGAGACUUCCAUGGCUUGGAGACCAGGCAGGAGACUCAGCUGCAGAAGAGGUGUUGAGCUAAAAGGUGCAGGGCUUGGGGAGUUUUCUUUAGGAUCCUCACCCUGGACUGAGGUCUGGGAUAUUCUCAUGCUCUCCACAGGCUGCCUGCAACUCUUUGUAACAUGUGCCUCACUCCGACUCUCCGUGCAGCCUCUCAUCUCUUUUCUGAAUGCCCCGGGCCAGAGUCAUCUCAACACGGGCGUGUGCCUCCCCAUAUUCAGAAGCUGUGGGGGCCAAAGUAGCCUGAGUGAUGCAAAGCCUGCAGAGCUGCCCUAAGCUGUGGUGCUGCUUCUGUGGCCUCCCUGAGCAGCUGCAGCACAGGAUGUGAAUGGUGUAUGUCUGCCACAGCUCAGUGCCACCCAUCCAUCUGUCCCACCAGAGACUGCUGCAUGGGGAGGCGCAGCUGUGUCCAGCUGGCUCUGCAGCCUGCUUGUGAAAAAUGUCAGAGGUUUGACAUUCAUUUUCAUGCCCCAUCAGAACACCCAUGAGACCUCUGGAAUUAACCCCCCUAAAACAAGGGUUCCCAAACUUUUUGCCACGGGGACCAGUAAAUCCAUUCACAAACUUUCGGAGGACC